CGGUCGUGAAUUCGGAUGAACGUUAACAAGUUUUGUUGGAAUAUUGAUCGCAAACAUGAAUUGGAUGAUAAUAUUUUGUGUCAUACCAACAAUAGUGCACACGAUCACUAUUACACCGAAUGGGAACAGCCCAGAAAAAAAGAUGACUCGCGUUAUGCUCGAUACACUCGAUCGGCAAGAUUCAAUGCCAUCGGAAUCUAUUCAGGAAAAUAAAAAGCAGAGCGCAAGUGGAUUAAAAAAGUAUCAAGGGAAGAUCGCUAUUAACGAAAGAUACAGGCGACUCAUUCCUUAUAUGACAUUCUACUAUGCUAAUGAUUUAGUAACACCGCAAGAAAAUUAUCGAACCGAAACACCGAAGACCGUCGAAGUCGAGAAAGCGGAAAUAGUCGAAGCGGGAACGAUACAGAGUCGCGAACCUAAGGCUUUCACACCUUUAAGACAGAAGAACAUCCCACGCUACUUCGGAAACCGACUGACUCAAUAUAACAUCGCAUCUGCUAAUCCAUCAAAAUUGUAUUACGACACUUUUGCACCUGAUCUAUACCAGAAUUCACAGAAACCUGUACCAAAUUACAACCCAGAAUAUAUCGAACCGAAUACUUUUGAAUACAGCGAUAGAACGUAUGAACGCCUACUACCAAAACCGUUUAAACCGGCUAAGCAAUAUCAAUUAUAUACCAAGCCACAAACUAAUUCAUAUCGCAACGAGGAUACUACUAAUGUACAGUACUACUCCUCGGAAAAAGAGGAAACCCCGACGUACAAACUUAUACCGUAUGAACAACGUCCACCGGUAAGAGUUAUACAAAACAAGUUUGUUCCUGUACCACAAAAACAGUAUCAACCCCCUCAAUACAUACACGAACAAGUGUAUAUUAAACCGAGACCAACUAGACCGCAGUAUGUAUAUGAAACUGUAUACAAUAGAGAAGAGAAAAUAAGAAAACCUCCUACAACAGUUUCCGAGCUUUACUACGAACAACAACCGCGUGUAGCGGAGGUGCCAAAACAGAUAACUUUGGAAAAUGGUUUCAAACCAAUAGUUAAUCCAUCUUAUGCUCCAGUUGAACCGUCUUACACUCAAGUCCCCCAAGUUUAUAGUCAAGAUUUAGACAGCAGUUCCAUAAACAUAAAUAAUAAGGAGCAAAUUGACCAUGAAGACGUUACUUAUAGACCCGAAUAUGUGGAAAAUACAUCUUAUAAACCUGUGGCACAUACUACUUCUGCCCCGGCUACCAUAUCAAGUAUCUUAAACUCAUUGCAGCUAAAUAAGCCCCUUCCAAAACACCUGACAAGAAAUAACGUCAGCGCAUCUAUACGAACAUUGUUACACGUGCUUAGUACUUUAAAGGCAAUGCCCCAACAAAGCAGUGUCCCAGAUUCAAUCGAAACAAAAGAAACCGCUACGGAUCAUUACCAAGUCCCACAAAUUAUAAAGCCUGAACCAAAACCUGUACCUAUAAAGAUUGAACCUCAGCAACUGGAACCAGAAUUCCAAGAAGAGCCGUAUCUUGCUCCUAUAAACACCCCAUCACAGCACCUUGAUGAUAUUCCAAACGGAGGUUCCAGCAGUCAGAGAUUCCCGCUGGUCAUCAACUCUGAUGAUGAGGGUGGUACGCCGGGAAGGCCAGGAAUAGAUUACCCGACUCUAGCCGUCAUCCCUGAAACUAGUUUUGACUGCAAGACGCAGCGGUAUAAGGGCUUCUUUGCUGACACAGAAACAAGAUGUCAGGUCUGGCAUUACUGCGAUUUGAACGGUGGACAAGCGUCAUUUUUGUGUCCCAACGGGACGAUAUUCUCACAAGCCGGUCUAACCUGCGACUGGUGGUUCAACGUCAAAUGCGCCUCCACUACGCAGCUAUAUGUUCUAAAUGAGAGCCUAUACAAGUUUAUCCUGCCACACUCACCAAAGUUUCCUGAAGACUACAGCGGCCCAUUAGUGGACAAGUACCUAAGUCUCAAAUUCAAGGAAAUGGAGGAGCAGUUCAGAAAAAACAAGAACAAGGCAGCAAAAGAGGCGGAUUCGAAGGAGGACACCAAGGAGGCUGAGAGCUCAACUGAAGAUGACGGCAGUACCGUGGAGAAUGCAGCACAGGAGGUCCAUGUGGACGUGCAGUCAGUGGGGAACAACGGCAACGUUGAGAGGCUACAGGAUGCGUAGAACAACAUUCGUAUUUCACACUUAUCA